AUGCAAAACCUUAGGGCGGUAUCUCUUACGCAACAGUUGGGGUACUACAAGGAGUACCAGAGUAAGGUGACAAAAUUGGUGGGGAUUGAGAAAGCAAAAGGGAUGUUCUCAGCUGGAAUUCAUCUUCUCGGUGCUGGAAAUAGUGAUUAUCUUCAGAAUUACAACAUCAAUACUUAUAUCUACAGACAGUAUACACCUGAUCAGUUUGCUGAUCUUCUUAUGACCUCCUUCUCUAACUUUGUCCAGUUCUUUAAGCGCUCGGUGGAUCAGUAUGAGAGUGACUUGCAGUUUGUGGUCCAAUCUCUUUUACUUUCUAUGGAUGUAAACGAGCUUCAGCUUGUUAAAUCUGGUCUAUUCUAUGGAAAUUGUAUUCGUUAUGCUUUGGUGAAGCUUCUCAGAUCGUCGGGCUACAAUGCUGCAGUGCAUCCAGAGAAGUACCUGGAUAGUCUUCAAAGCAGCUCGACUGUUGCUCAAAUUGUGGAGAUCGAUGAAGUCCCUAAGCUGACAUUUGGUUGCACUGACUUCAUUGAGUCAUUGAGUCAGCUGAACAGAUUAUGGAUCAUUUUGUGUUUCAUUGGGAGGCAAUAUGUUGCUGUUUUGAAAGAAUCAUUUCGUGUUACAUACUUCAAGCUUCAAGUCUUACACUAG